CGUCACUGUUGUUAACUGACGUCGUUGCGGGGUAGUGUGAUGGUGGAAGUCUUCGGGGUUUACUUUGUGUUUAAACCAUUCCUUCCCUUUGCUUAUUCUUUAAAGCAUUUAAUUUUUUUUUAUUUACUUAAGGUGCGGACUCAUUUUUUCGGCUCAGAUCAUGGUGGAAAACUCUCCGUCUCCUCUUCCUGAGAGAGCCAUCUAUGGCUUUGUUCUCUUUCUGGGCUCACAGUUUGGUUUCUUUUUGUACUGCCUGUGGGCAUAUAUACCAGAGGAAUGGCUUCAUUCAGUAGGACUCACCUACUGGCCUCAGAAAUAUUGGGCUCUUGCGAUGCCAAUCUACCUCCUGGUUGCAUUAAUGGUCUUUGUGGUUGUGUUGUUCGGUAUCAACAUGAACAACACAGCUCCACUGGACUCUGUGGACAACAUCACAGAUGUGUUUGCACAGGGUCAGAGGUCAGACUGCUACCGGAAGGGAGGAAUACCCAGACUGAAGGACGUUUCCAUUAGUGAAGUCAACAAAAUGUUCUAUUUAUCUUCUGAUAGGUGACAAACACAGACUGUACAGAGCCAUCGCUGCUUCAGAAAACUGAAUUGGGUGUCAUUUGGUAUUGACUGUUGUUUUUAUCCGCACUCCAAGGUUACAGCUGUUUUAAAAUCUGUUCUUUUAUAGAACAGUUUGUCCCUGAAAUACAAAGUUUUGUUAUUAAUUUACGUUUUUGUUUUUUUUUGUUUUUUAACUAUCCAGUGUAGUAAAGUAUGGAUGUAAGUGUUGCAGUAAAUACAAUUUUUCAGAGCCGUUCUAAAGAAAAAAAAAUUAUUAAUUGAAUUUUGAUAUGUAAACAGUGCAGCAUAAUAAUCUCUAAGUGAUCAGUUUGUGAAAUGGAUAGUAUUAAACAUAAUCUGUACUAAUAAAGGCAUCCAGCUUGUAAGUAUGAAUGCAUAACAUAUUUAGAACUCUCUACAGAAAAGUUACACUUCCAUAUUAUUUAUAAGUGAGGAUGAUAACAGUUGUUUGAAUGCAGAAGGAAGAGGGAUUAUUCUUAGGUUAUGGUAGCUAUUAUUUAUUUUUGAAUACUUGAUUUAUGUGUCACUGUGUUAAAUGGUUUAUCAUACCCUUGUGCGCUUUACUGUCAUUAAAGUUAACUGUUAAUAAGAUUUUUUUUUUCAUCAGAAGAAAAUGAGUUUGUUGAAUAAAGGCGGAAAUAUAAAAUUAUAUAUAUUUCAGGUAUAAGUGAAUUGGGUUUUGUAUUAUACAAUGUUGUGGUUUAUUAAGGUAAUUCUGUGCAGAUUCAUCCAGUUAUUUGAGGACUGGUAUGGGUUUGUUAAAAAAACAUUAAAGCUUGCUAGCUGACAGAUUGCAAAA